AGAUCAUAAGAUCAUAAGUCAUAAUACGAAUAGGAAACACGAAACAAAGAAGAAAAAGUAGUAAAUAGUCAGACACAAACUCGUAGAAUUAAAUAAGGAGUAGGUACCUACUUAUCAAUUCAAUCUUUGUUAUGCAGAUUUUGCAAAUAAUAGUUGAAAUAAUUGCGAUGGAUAGUAUACAGUCAUCUGCAGAUGAUAACACCUGUUCUGAAGAUGAACACGAACGGAAAAUACCUAAUAGAAAUCAAGAUAACCGUGAAAAUAAUCAAGGAUAUUCUUCAUGCGCGGCAACUUCCCCCAAUCUUAAUCAAGUGGAAGAGAAAAUGCGUCGAAAGCUCCAGUUCUUCUUUAUGAAUCCUAUCGAGAAAUGGCAAGCGAAACGUAAGUUUCCAUACAAGUUCGUUGUGCAAGUCAUAAAAAUUGUUUUGGUAACUUUCCAACUUUGUCUUUUUGCACACAACAGAUAUAAUCAUGUUAAUUAUACGUGGGACAAUCGAAUCAGCUUUUCCCAUCUUUUCUUGCUCGGAUGGGACUCCACACGAGAGAUAAACGCUUAUCCACCUGGUGCCGGACCACUUGCCGUUUAUAAAAUUAAUGAAUUCUUUAAUACUCUGGACUAUGCAUAUGCUGGUUAUGCAAAUCUGUCAAAUGCUAUUGGUCCCUACUCUUAUAACGAUGACAAUAACAAGAGACCUGACCCAGUCUUUUGCCAAUAUAAUUACAAACAAGGCACUAUAUAUGGAUUCAAUGAAAGCUACGAGUUUAAUUCUGAAAUUAUUGAAACUUGCAUUAAUUUUACGAUGCCUGAUGGUGAGUUGUUCCAAUCAAAGCCUUACAUUGAAAAUGCAGGCAUGGAUAUUAACUUUGCAGCAUUGGUGAGAGCAAAACUCAUGUUCUCAAUUAAAACUAUAAACUUUCGAGCUGCCGGUCCCAUCACACCACCUGAAUGUGUCAGGUUUGAUGUGGAAAUAAUAUUUGAUAAUGAAGAUCAUGAUGGACAAAUGUCUUUGUCCUUGGAAGCUGAACCCUACAAGCUGGCUUGUAAUGGAGAUAAAGCCUACAUUACAGAUAACAAAAUUGAUCAGAUUUUAAGAAGUAUUCUCAAUAUUCUUGUCAUUUUGAUCUGCUCUGCAUCCCUUAUUUUAUGUAGUAGAGCUAUAUAUAGGGCACAAUUAUUGAAGGAGCUUACUGUGCAAUUUUUCCGACGGGCUUACAAUAAGGAACUUAGUUUCGAUGGACGUCUAGAAUUCCUCAAUAUCUGGUAUAUUAUGAUUAUAGUGAACGAUUUGUUGAUAAUAAUGGGGUCUGCAAUUAAGGAGCAAAUAGAAAGAAAUCAAUUUACAAAUGACCAGUGGAAUGUUUGUUCUUUAUUUUUAGGUAUGGGUAACUUACUAGUCUGGUUUGGGGUACUUAGAUAUUUAGGUUUUUUCAAGACCUACAACGUUGUAAUUCUUACAUUAAAGAGGGCAGCUCCAAAAAUUUUUAGAUUCUCCUUUUGUGCUUUACUUCUGUAUGCUGGAUUUAUGUUCUGCGGCUGGUUGAUACUUGGUCCAUAUCAUAUGAAAUUCCGCUCUCUAGCUACAACAUCUGAAUGCCUCUUUUCACUUAUUAAUGGAGAUGACAUGUUUGCCACAUUCUCAAUUAUGUCAAAAAAGUCACCUAUGUUAUGGUGGUUCAGCCGUGUGUACUUAUAUUCAUUUAUAAGUCUAUAUAUUUAUGUUGUAUUAAGUUUAUUUAUUUCUGUAAUAAUGGAUGCGUAUGAUACAAUCAAGCAAUACUAUAAAGAAGGUUUUCCGAAAAAUGAUUUGCAGCAGUUCAUUGGUGAAGCGAGCGUAGAGGAAGUGUCAUCAGGGCUGUACAGAACACAGAGUUCCUCAUCAUUAAAUGCAUUAAUGAAUUCGUUAUUCUGCUGUAAUUUUUACCAAAGUGCAUACACAAAGAUAGGCGGUGGCAGCUCAACAAUUAAUAUGUUGUAGUGUGUGUUAUAGGCUCCUUAUUAGUAGGUUGUAAAUUACCAUAUGGAGGCCAUAAUAUAAUGUACAUUGUUAUCAAAUGAUAUGAAUAAUAGAUCAUGUAUAGAUAUAAGGUUUAUUUGUAAAUAUUUGUCCACAUUAAUAAAUCAUCUACCAAGAUUGUUACCUGUUCCACCAAAGGUUCUAAAAUGUUAAAGUUGGUAGAUAUUUGAUAACCUAAAGAAUUUAAUUUAUAAAUUUUCUGUUGUUAUUAUAUAUUUAGAUAUUGAUUUAAUCAGCUAAUAAAUUUGUUUUGUACU